UCGCGGACUUGGGCAGAGACCCACAAGAAGACCGAUCCGGACUUCAGGCGGGAGGAGGCGGGGCUUCUGGGUGUUGGGCGCGAUCAGUUUGAAAGACUGUUGGUGUCGGUUCGGCUGCUAAGGUCCGAUUCCGCAGUGCCAUCCCUGCUCAAUGGCAGACCCUCAGGAGGUGAGGAUUUCUUCGCCUCCCCCGCCGCCUCCUUCCUCUCCCUCGUCUUCAGACGACUCGUCAGCGUCUUCCCCCGGCGUUCCAUUGAGCUUGGGUUGGCCAGUUCCGAGCAGGAGCAGCGGCCGAACGGUGGACCCUCUGGAGGAAGUGGAGCUGCAGAUUGGAGACGCAGCAUUUUCAUUAACCAAACUUCUUGAAGCCACAUCUGCAGUAUCAGCUCAAGUGGAAGAGCUUGCCUUCAAAUGUACAGAAAAUGCACGUUUCCUUAAAACGUGGCGGGACCUCUUGAAAGAAGGCUAUGAUUCUUUGAAGCCUGACAACUGAUUUGCUGUGUAAUAAUUAAUACUUCCUCAUUUAUGAUGUUUGCAGUGUACCAUAAGUAUAAGAUUGUCUCCAGCAGUUCUGUGUAUUCAGAAUGACAUUUCCUUGGUUUUCUCACUUUUGUGAAAGCAGAAUACCGAUGAUAUUUUUGAUGCUCGCCAAUAUUUAUCUUUAAAUACUUCCUGUCCUCUAAAUUUUCAUAGACUCUUUUAUGAAAGUUAAUUUCAUCAGUAGAUAAUGCUAAUAAUGCUACAGCGUUACCAGUAGAAAAAAACCAGGUAGACCAUUAUUCUGUUUGAUUUCCAAGAUGCUAAGAAUGCCAGAGUUUGAAGCUGAGCUUCAUUUUAUGGACCAAGGGAAGUAACUUUAAGGUUUCCAGUGUUGGCCCAGCUCCACUAGGCCAAGUUCCCUGGAACUAAUGAUUGUGUCUUACAUACUUCUUUAUCCUUAGCACCUAGAAAAAUGACAGUGUCAUACAAAAACCAGUAAAUGUUUGUUGAAUAAAAGAGUUGACAAUAUGAUUAAAAGCUGUUUUUUUGUGUGAAAAUUAGAAUUGCUUUUCUAAAAAACAUUUGAAUCAGAACCUCACUGACUUGAAGGAAGACAUUCUUUACAGGAAUUUGAAAUUUAACUGAUGACAAUUUUUUAAAGUAUAUGAUAAAUAUUUUUUAUUCUUCAUGAUGCUUUUUUAAAAGCUUUUACUUCAGAAAAUGAAAGCCUGUCUGGAAAGAAUGUGUAUAUAUAUAUUUUUUCCCUGUUUAUUUCUCAGGUUAAUUGCUUUGUGAUGUUGUAUGUUUGAUUGUUCUCUUUAAAGUGCCUUAUCAAAAAAAAAAUAAAGUACCUUAUCAAAA